AUGUCACCAGCCUCCCAGGCAUACUGGACAGACGAAUGCGUGAACGGCACGGUCACGUCGGCGUAUGUCCAUUCACAUUUGCGUCCGGAUGAACAGGAACUACUACAACGUCCCCUGUAUUUCGGCGCGGGCUUGACGGAUGAUACCUAUCUCGACUGGAUCUUGACCCGAGCCAAACGCUUCUUCCUGAUACUGGUCGCCGCGCGAGUGCCCGAUCAGAUCUUUGGGAUUGUCGACGACUCUUACGACGACGACGACUUACCUAUUGCUGAACAUGCUGUACCUGACCUUCGCUUGUCGUACGAACGUAAUCGCUCUCUUGACCGGCGUUUCUACAAAACACAAUUCCGCUUUCUGAGUCGUGUUGUCGGCGAAGGCGAACAUAUCAGAUAUGCUGACGAGGAGACGGUACCUGUCAUUCUUCCCAGCUUGAAGACUGUUGUUGGUUAUCUCGGACAAGAGGGCACUGAUAGAGUCCGGCUACCCGGCAAGACCUCAGAGGUAUACCUUCGCCGCCGCAUUGCCUUGGACCAAAAGUCUACUGAAGCGGACCUCCUGAACGAGAUCGCCACCAGCAGGAGACUACGCCAUGAACAUAUUGUCUCAGUUUUCGCCUCUUACACGCACCAAGGCUCUUGCAAUGUACUAUCUCUUCCUGGCCCAGAGUGGAACCUCAAGGCCUUCCUCUCCGACACACCAAAAUCUUUCUCGAAUCUUUCCAAGACGCAUCGUCGCCACUCGUUCAUCAAUUGGCCUCACUGUCUCGCCAAUGCCGUGAAUUGGCUCCACAGCAACGGGCAAUACCACGGAGCUAUAAGACCAUCCAACAUCCAUAUUACAGAGUCCUUCCAUAUUUGCCUUGGUGCCUUGGAGGGUGACGGUAUACUCUGCUACAGAGUUCGCUCGCAGGAUAUUGAGGCAUAUCAGUAUGGUCCACCCGAGAGAUACAAAAGGGCUGUGACUGUCCGCAGCACCGGGUCAGCUGCGAUAUCACUUCCAUCAGGGGGACGCACUGGCCGACGAAUUGGCCGAAAGGACAAGGAGAAUUCUUCGGAUGGCAGGAACAGUGUAAGGAGAUCAAGUUCAGUGGCUCCGACUUAUUCUUUUCAACCUACCUCCAGAGGCGACUAUGCACGACUGCGCUUGAGCGCUACCACAAAGUCGGACUCACGGCCGACGGUCCGAGGGCGUAGUAUGCGUGCACCGCAGACACCCACAGACAACAACUCGAUUUCCACGCAAGAUACACCACGUCCAGAGAGGAUGGCUGCAACCCCCAAACGGGCACCUUCAAUUCAAUCUUCCACAUCAUCUAAUGGCAACAAACUCGCUUCGAUCUUUAAUGGUCCCAUGUUUGUCGCCGCACCAGAGGCUCGCAGUGCCGUGGUCCAGACAUGGCAAUCUAUGGAGGAUGACAUGUUCGCUUCUGACAUGUUUUCGCUCGGUGCUGUGAUGGUGGAUAUUGUCACCGUUCUCUGUAAGCGCACUUCCAGCGCCUUUUCUCGGCACCGUGCCUCCAAGAACCGAAUGGCUGGUCGUGGUGGAGGUUUAGCGGAUGCUAGCUUUCAUGCCAACCUUGGUCAAGUCUUCGCAUGGGCGCAGUCCUUGCAGAACGAUGCAGAGAAAAAGGCGAAGAAGGAUGAAAGCAAGGCUUACCAUGCAGUUGGGCCAAUCGUACAGCUUGCACUACAAUGCCUGGCAAGAGAUCCUGCUGCUAGAUUAUCAAGCGAAACUCUGGAAGAGAAGCUAGCCGAGCACAUCCGUCGCUCUGCAAGUAUUUCUCAUCUUCAUUGCACAGGCAGAGUCCUUAAGGAAGGCAAUGAGCGAAGCUCCAGCGUUGCGACUUCGCAGAACCUAUCUGGUCGUGAGACGCGCAGUGACAGUAGAUCUACAGAGCGAUUUCGCCAGGCCUCGAACAAUCUGCGCAUCUUGACAAGGGAACAACGACAGCAGCAGCAGGUCCCGACAUCGCAAGAAAUUGCACGAAACCCUCUCAGUCUUCAACCACCUUUCAUCCAUAUUCCGAAGAGUACAGCCACCACUCCGGUAACCACGUCUGCAAGUUCUCUUGCAUCCUUUAAUUUCGAUGGGUUGUCGGACACAAUAGUGGCCGAUAGCCCACGCUCGCGCGAACAGUCAUUGAGGCGCAAAUCCAGCCGUCGAAACGAAUCAAAGCCCUCGCAACAUGACCGGUGGUCCGCCGAGCAAGAUGGGCCGAAGAAGUCGUCUUACACGUGGCACCAGAAUGAUAGUCAGGUAGACCCACGACUGUCCUUUGGCGAAUCCGUCGACACGGGAGCAUUCACGUACCUUAACUACAGCACCAGUGCUUCAUCGGAUGAAGGAACCAAGUACUUCUCGCUGCGGUCACCAUCGGGUCCUCCUACAAAAGCGCCUCCCAAUCGAUCUUUACCGCCUGUCCCACCGAUCCCGCCGGAGACCAUGCCUGUCAAGACCGUGAGAUGUCCUAAAUCUGUUCGCGAGGACGUCGACAAGCGAAAGACACCGCCUGGUAUGGUUAGAGGGAGAUAUCCCUUGCGAAAAGAAAGCCUGCCCACUAUGGUGGAUGAUGAAGAUGACGACUAUCACGACAUAAUGCGGCAUGCGAGGGGCUUAGGGCUUUCUCAAAUCGACACUCGCAGCCGGUCAAGGCAUAAUCCUGAGAGGGUUGGCGCAUGGUAA